CUGGAACUAAAGCCUUUGGAACUUAACUGAGUGGAUACGUGUGCUGCUUGAAUAAUUAUUCAUCACCUUAGGCUGGAGGACCUGAUUGGAUACAAGAGAGGAAGAUUAGUGUGUUUGGUGAGAGACAACCAUCAAAGAGCAGAAAUUAAUAAUCUGAAAAUACGAGAAGUUCCUCAAAAGGGAAGCACCCCGGUGGAUCAUUUUAGAUGAAGGAGAAUCAGUUUUAGAAGUGUGUGAACAUUGUUAUCACUUACCUUAGAAUAUUCAAAAUAGACACCAGGGGCCAGUUCUCUCCUCAGGUUAGCUCAAGAUGGCAGACCAGAGGCAACGCUCGCUCUCUACCUCUGGGGAGUCGUUAUAUCACGUGCUGGGGCUGGACAAAAAUGCCACUUCAGAUGAUAUCAAAAAGUCUUACAGGAAACUGGCAUUGAAAUAUCAUCCUGAUAAAAACCCUGAUAAUCCAGAGGCAGCAGAAAAAUUUAAAGAGAUCAAUAAUGCCCACGCAAUAUUGACUGAUGCCACAAAGCGGAACAUUUACGAUAAGUAUGGGUCUCUGGGGCUCUAUGUAGCAGAGCAGUUUGGUGAAGAAAAUGUGAACACAUACUUCGUGCUGUCCAGCUGGUGGGCAAAGGCCUUGUUUGUGUUCUGUGGGCUCAUCACAGGCUGCUAUUGCUGCUGCUGUCUGUGCUGUUGCUGUAAUUGUUGCUGUGGGAAGUGUAAACCGAAACCUCCCGAAGGCGAGGAGCAGGAAUUCUACGUCUCUCCAGAGGACUUGGAGGCACAGUUGCAGUCAGAUGAAAGGGAGGCCUCAGAUGCACCUAUUGUGAUACAGCCAGCAUCAGCCACAGAGACAACCCAGCUCACAGCUGACUCUCACCCCAGCUACCACACUGAUGGAUUUAAUUAAGUUAAGGAAACACUGUCAUUAGAAUGGAUAAAAAAAAAAAAAUACAUGGCCAACUCAACACUAGAAUCAUGAACAUUAGAAGUAGAGAAUGGGGAGGGGGAAUAAUUCUGCCACAGUAAGAAGGCAGCUUUCCAACCUGCCGGAAAUAUUUUGUAAUCCCUUCAGCCUUUUGUCACCUUUCAGUGUCGUAUCUGGACGAUACGUGAAGUGCUGUAGCAUGCAGUAUUUAAAGCAGUUUAGCUACGGUCUUAUUUGUUUCUUUUGUUUUUUUCUCCUGUUUUGUUUUGUUUUUUUUAAUAGCAUGUAUGGAGUUAUGUUAAAUGUCUGUGGUGUAACGUAUUGAGUUGUCACAAUAUCAGUGCGAUGGAGACAUUCUGCAUUUUAAGCAGCAGUCCUGGCCUAAAAAUGAGAUUUAGAAAGUGUCACAGAAGCCACUGCUCUUCUGUACAGUUGAGCUGUCGAAGACCUUUAGAAGUUGAGGAUUUUCAUUUGAGUGCAACAAACCAAUUCUUUCAUUCCUCCUUCUAUUCCUGCAUUAUUAUCUAAGCAAGUUUACAAAGCCAAGAACCAAAAAAUGCCAGUCCUGCAGAGCUGGAGUCCUCUCUAAUGCUGGUUUUUAGCUUAAAUAAAUCUACCUUGAAAAAUAAAAAGGGAGAGUUGCCAAUCUUUGAACAGUAAAUUGAAUGGCUCGUUGUGCAUGAGGCGAUCUCCGGUGACAAUGGAACCAAAACCAACUGGGAAUGGGCUUCUGUGGUGGUGGCAGUGGGAUUUCAACUCCAAGCACAAUUCUGUUGAUUUGAUUUCAGUUGUUUUCUUGUAAUGCUAAAGACCAAAUAGUGCAGCUUUGUUUCUGAAUGCAUGAGAAUCUUAAAGUGAAACUGGUUAACUGGCUCUCACUGAACAAAUGAGUAAAAUGCAGACAGUAGGCAGCAGCAGAAAUGUUUAAAAACAAUUGGUGUUUAAAAAUUUUUUCUAAUAAGUUGCAAGUUUAAUAGACAAAUGGGUUAUUAUGUGUCUUUUUUUAAAGCUUUUAUAAUACACUAACCCUUUAAUUUUUUCAUGAACAUCUUUGUGGCAUACUUAAAUGGAUUUUUAAGAACAAACCACCUUUCUUUGUGUUUAUAUUGUAUAAUUUGCACAUUGUCUUGCAUUUAAAUUUGUUUACACCAGUGUUUCUCUUUUCCUCGGAACAGCUAUGUGGAAACCCUGAAAGGUUUCCUGUACUAUUUUGAAACCAAAUUAAGACUGAAUUCUCUUCUAGAAACUGUGGUUUACUGAGGUUUAACUGUUAAAAAGGCAUUUUAGGCAGCUGCUGAAUUGCUGGUUUAUUUUGUUGUCAGUAGUCCUGCUUUAGGUGAUCCAGAGUCAGAUCUAGAAGAGCUCCAGAGAGCCCACACUUGGCACUUUCAGUGGAUAAUUACAGCCUCAUUCAUUUUGAUUGUUACAGUUUUAUAUCACAAUACCUCUACUGUCCCUUGUACCCUCUUCUCCCUGAUCUGUUUUUCUCCUCUUCCUGUGGAGGAGCUGUUGGCACCUUCCCCCUGUGUCUGCAGCUCCCUCACCAGCUCCAAGUGGUGCUUUGAAGCAAAGAUCCACUGGUCUGCACAAAGACCACCAGGAAGGGGCAGGGACCCAAAGAACUAUUCUGAAUAUAUUUUCCUGCUGUCUUUGCAUGAGCAACAAGGAUGGAGCACGUGGAAUCUGCCAUGAAACCAUGUUAAAUGUGCUGGGUAGGAGAACAUGUUCUCCCCACGGUCUCAGUGCUCAGUGAGGAGUGUUUGCACACCCAGACUUUGCUGUGGCUGUUGGUACAAGCACAUAUUUGCCUGCAUGGGAGCUUGCUGCACAUCAGCAUGAUUUUAGUACCACAUCCGGCCCCCAAAAUUCCCCAAAAAAUCUGUUAUUUUUAAUUAAUGGCUCAAUUUCAGCAGCACAGUCCUUAAAUAAUUUCUUCUUUGCCUGUAGUCCUUACAGACCUUAAAUGUGGAGGUUUAGUGCAAGAUACUUUUAACUUUUCCUGACUUGGAUGGACAUUAGUGUUUGAUUUGGGUUGAGGUCCUUAUUUAGUUAAUGUCUUUCUUUGACUCAUUGGAACAAAAAGCCAUUUUUAGGCUUAAACUAAGUAUCAUUUUGUCUGUUCCUGUAGAUUUUGCCUGAAGCCUGUUCUUGGUGUAGAAUUGCACCCUGGAAUAUGGUGGGGCGUGUGCAGGCUUUGUCCUCUCCACAUUCACUAGUUAAAAUUGCCUGUAUAUGGAAUAUAUGGUGGGGUGUGUGCAGGCUUUGUCCUCUCCACAUUCACUAGUUAAAAUUGCCUGUAUAUGGAAUAUAUGGUGGGGUGUGUGCAGGCUUUGUCCUCUCCACAUUCACUAGUUAAAAUUGCCUGUAUAUGGAAUAUAUGGUGGGGUGUGUGCAGGCUUUGUCCUCUCCACAUUCACUAGUUAAAAUUGCCUGUAUAUGGAAUAUAUGGUGGGGUGUGUGCAGGCUUUGUCCUCUCCACAUUCACUAGUUAAAAUUGCCUGUAUAUGGAAUAUAUGGUGGGGUGUGUGCAGGCUUUGUCCUCUCCACAUUCACUAGUUAAAAUUGCCUGUAUCUGCAAAACUGUGUUCUUGGUUAAAAAAAAAAAAAAAAAAAGUAUUGAGGUUUUGGCUUUGUAAAUGAGUGUGGCUGAUUGGAGCAAGUCAGUGAAUGAGGAAGGGGCUGUUCCCUGGGAGCUGUUCCAUUCUCUGUCCCUGUGUUCAUCUCAGUGGAUGACACAGAGAUGGUUGUUGGGUGUUGCUCUACUGCAGGGCAGCUUAGCCCCCAGUGCUGGGACCUGGCUGUCACUGUUAAUUUGGAAUUAUACUCUUACUUCUUAACUUCUCUGGGCUGUUUCCACAGAAGUAGAGAGGCUGGUGGGAAGCUGUGGCUCCAGGGAGGUGUGUGACACACCUGGAGUCACUCCACAGGCUCCUGACAGGGGAACUGAAGUGUAGGCAGCACAUGAGGACCAGAAGCAGAACAGUUAUCUGUGGGGAAAGAUGACAUCUAGGAUAAGUUUGCAGUUUUAGUUCUUUGCUUAGCAAGGGAUGAGUUUGGAGGGAGACUGCUUUCCUGUUGGUUCUGUCUGUGGGUGGUGUGUGAGCAGGAAAUUAGUCUGUUACGUGCCAGAGUGAUGUUAGAUGCUCCAAGAGAAACCGUUCCGAGAUCUGUUACAGGGAAUGAUGGGAAAACAUAAUUCUAGAGAAAUACUCUUGUUUUUUGAAGCUGUUUCAAGUUUGCCCAUGUUACUGCAUAAUCUCUGAGUUUAGGAUCUUUGUGUAUUAGUGAAGUUCUUACUGAACUAUGUAAGGAAGUGAUUUAAACAUUCCUUCUUUAAAGCCAAAACCGUGUCAUGGCACAUAAGUAUAUUAAUGCCGUUUUUUCCCCUCUUGGAGGGAAGGUACGAGAGUACCCCAGGCUCUAACAUGAGUUGCACUUCAUAAUGGCCAAGUAGAAUCCUAGUAAAUGCAGAGUUCUGUUGGGAAUAAUGGUUUAAAAUCUGGUGGAAAAGCUCAGAUGGGAAUUCUGAGCUUGGGCAAGGGGAGCUGCAGCAUCCCAGUGCUGCAGCCUGACCUGGCUUAGUGCAGAAUGUUUCCCUCCAAAAUCAAGCCUGAGCACUGUCCAUCUCUGUCCAGUGUGUUUCCAGAAUUAAAACUUGAGCUUGGAUUUUAUUUAUUUAUUUGUUUCUUUAAAGUUGUAUUAUUUGUACAAGUUGCCUGAGUCCUCCAUUCCAGUCGUUCGGCUGCCUCCAUCCAGCUCCUCCAGCCUCUCCAGCGCUGAUUUCCUUAGCAUUUGUAGCUUCACUGGGGUGAAUCCCAUCUGGAGAAUUUGGUGGUUAUGAUACUGAUUUAUUCCCAUGGAGAGCCAUUCCUAGCUUGGGUGAGGAGGAAAAACUGCUGCUUAGAGUGCUCAGGUGCUGGCUGUCCCUCCUGGUGCAUGGAGCUGCUGGAAAAGGAGCUGCUGGAUCUGUCCUGCCCAUCCUCCCCAGGGAUGGGAACAUCCUAAACGCACUGUACUGAAGGGGCAUUGCACCCCUUCAAUGCCAGCCUCAUUUUUUUAGUGAUUUUUGUAGGGAAUUCUUAAAUAUUUAUCUGUAUAUAAAUUUAUGUAAGACCUCAGUGGCAUCCUGUAGGGUGUCAGUUUUUGCUGGUCCCAUGCAGUGACGUUUUACAGCCAUGUUCCCUUUUUAGUCUUCUUUUUAGAUUUGUAAUCUUUUAAAACUGCUUUAGAUAUUAGCACUCCUAGUGUUCUUAAAGUGGGAUCCUCUUGGAGGUUUGGAGGGGUAGAACUGAGGAGGAGGGCUUAGGCAUGGCACAGAAACACCCAGUCCAGCAGCAGGGCUGUGAUCGGGAGAGUGCAGCUCUCCAAACCCUUCCUGUCAGCUUGUAAACACCUCACAGGUGUAACCAGGGCAGGAGCCUGACAGAAAAACUAUUCCUGUCCCAUCUGUGAGGCACUUUAGUGGUGUGGGGGACACCAGUGCACUCUGAGGGGCUGUUCCAGAGCAUUUGUACCAUGCACGUUCCUUUAGAGAGGCACCUGCUUCUCUCAACUACUUUGUGCCCUUCCUCUGGUGCCCUUUGAUCUUUUUGCCACUUCUGGAUAAUUUAGGAAAUUUAUGCUGCAGGUUUUUUGUACCCAGUGCACCUGUGUCUUGGCAUCAUGUUUAACAGGUCACUCUGGCAGGGUGGUCAGGGCAGUUUGCAGCCCCACCUCAUGUCAGUAAUUCCGAAUGGUGUUUAAAUGUAUUAAUCUUGGAGCACUGAACCGUAACCUCCCAGUUAUAGUUUAUAGUGUCAGGUCGGUAUAAACUUCACAUGCUUCAGCAUCUGGUGCUGCUUCUCUGUAUUCUAGUGGAGAUCAUCUAGUUUGUAGUGUCUCAUUGCACCAACAGCUGCUUAAAAUCUCUCAAAAGAAUCAUAGCCAGUAGCUCACCAGGUGGCAGGAAAUUUGUCAGUGUUCAGCUCCCACAAGAUCCAUGGUCCCCUCCACGAGCUGCCUUUGAAGGCUUACUGGGACUGCCUGGGACUCAGCAAGACUGCAAUUCCUGUGUUCUUCCAAGAAGACGCUUCCUUUACAAGGAGAAGCCAUGGGAGGGAAGCUGGCUGUCUGAUGUUUGCACAAGCCAAAUGCCAGAAAUCUGGAAGACGAACUUUCAUUAUGCCAAUGUUACGUGCACAGUUUGUUUUGAUGUUAAAAGGAUAGAUGCUGGGAAUUUCUGGUGGUUAUAUAUAUAUAUAUGUAUGUAUAUGUAUAGAGGAAGCUCUUAUAUAAACUGGCUGUUCAUUCCCGAGUGCCGUUGUCUUCUCUGCUCCCUCUCCCAGCCCUGUGGGUGUUCUCUUGCAGUCUGUGAGCGAUUGCUUGUCAAACCUUCCAAAAAAUUUAACAAUCUACUUGAAUUCCAUGAGCUGCCCCUUGUCCCAGCUCCUUUGGCUGGAACAGGGCUCUGCCUGCUCCAGCUUUUCUUAGGAGAAGAGGGGCAGCUCUGGAGUGACUGGAACUUGUGCAGCUGGCACGUGGGGUAUUUAGAUGUGGUUAAUGUGCUCAUCACUGAAGCUGUGAUAGAACACAUGGAUUUGGGUUUUUCCCUAGUUUUCACCACACUGGACUCCCUGGAGCAGGGCUGGGUGAGCUCACAGAGCAAGGUCCACCCCAUGCUGAGGGUGUGGGCUGCAGCAUCACGUGUGUGUAUGUAUGUAUAUAUGCACAUAUGUAUAUAUUUAUACAACAGGUGUGCACCUUGGGUUUUUCUUUGGUGGUAAAAAUGUGAGAUUUGGCUCCAAGUAGUGCUCUGAACUCAGCCAGAUAGGGGGAAUGUGUGAGUUUUGUGUGGCCACAAUUGUGCUUCUUUGCUCUCAGCUGCAGGAAAACCCAAACCCGACCUGUGGGGUGAAGGACUGGUGAUGACAUGGUGAAGGAGCCUGUUGUAUAAAUAAAUGGGUCCUGGGAGUGGGAGAAGCAGCUCCUGCUCCCCACACCCUGCUCAGGGAGUUCCCACAUGGGCAGCCUGGUGUUUGCAUGGCCGGGUGCCAUCCCUCCUCUUGCAGGUUGGUUCCACAAGGACUUGGAGUUACUGAAAUUCCUGCAGCUGAAGCUGGCAGUGAUGCAGGUGAAGGCACAACAGUUGUGGCUGAUGCACAUGUGAGUCCCACCAUGUCCCCUCUAGCCGUGCUGGAUAGAGUCACCACCACUCUCCUCCAGGGGCUGUUCCUGCCACGCAGCACACCAGGGGUUCCUGCUUCAUGGCAGAAAUGGGGAAUACUGGGGAGAUUCUUACUGCUGACACUGCUGAGGUUCUGUUUGUGACCAUCACGGCUGAUGAACUCCAAGUUUGCCAAUUCCUAACACACUAUUUUCUUGCUGGAUGCUGAGCUGAUCGCUGUUGUUUCUCCCUCUCAUCCCACCGUGUCCUGCCUUGCUGGGGCAGGAUGUGGAUGGGUCAGUUGGUGUCACCACUGACAUCCCAGGCAGUUUAUGUUCAUUUUGCAUGUGAGCAAGGCCCUGAACUGUGUAAUUCCUCGUGGGGUUUGGUUUCCUGGCCCCUUUAUGGAGCCAGAGGGAGCUGAGGAUGCCGGGAGAGACACGCCUGCAUUUGCACUGCACUUCAACUGGGGCUGGGGUUGCGGAUAAGGGGAGCCCAUCUUAAAAAAAAAUAUAGUAAAAACCCCAAACCAAACCCACCACAAUCGAAGAAUAAAUGCAUCUGAGAAGGAAUUAUAAUAUAGACUUAUAUCUAUUUUGUUAUGUUACUAAAGGACCGUACUUUGAGUUGCCUGUAAGUAGAUGUGGCUGUCUGAACUUUGUGGAUUGUAACACUCGAUACUACUGAGCUCCUGUACAUACCCGCGGCGACGGCAGAAGGAAUUAUUUUCUGUUUUAGCAUGGUAAUUUGUGUCUUGUAUGUCCGAAUAUAAAACAAAAUAAAGAUUGCUAAGUUAUCGGAAACCACUGUUGUAAAAUAAAUGUUUUCAAUGCAGAAAUGCCCA